AUGUUCCAAUGUCCAAAGUGCCAAAGGACCUUCACGGUGAGGAAAAGUUUGUUGAGACACUCUAGAGAGCGGUGCAGCCAGGAUGGGGAGCCCGCAUCCAAGCGUCCAUGUAAUGCAACCGCUUCGCGCAGCACUGCAGACAAGUGCGAAUGUCCUCGAUGCCAGCAAAAAUUCUCGGCAGGAAAAGGUUUACUGCGACAUGGUAGAGAGGUCUGCACAAGCGGGAAGAGUCCACCCGAACAGCAACGCGUAGAAGCUAGCAUCACCCAGACCACCACAGGACUCAAAACCAGACGACUGGAUCCUUCAACAGCCAACGUUGCAGUACCGGGACCGAAUCGAUUGAGUCCAACCACCAGCAACGACUCACAGACGAGUGCGGAAAGCAGAACAAUUCGCUGUGAUAGUUGCAACUGUGAGGUACCGAGGAAUGCACAUGCAGCACAUCUGAAAAGCAUCAAACAUAAGGCACAUCUAUGGACACCUUUACACAAUAAUGUGUCACACCAAUAUAGUGAUAAGGUGUCGUUAGCAUACACGGACACUGAUUCGUUAAUAGUACAUGUUGAAGCCGAUAAUUUCUAUGAAGACAUGAAAUCACACAUGCAUCACUUUGACACAUCCAACUAUGAUGCUGACAACCCACAUAACAUGCCUCUAACAGCGUCAAAGUUGGGUAAGAUGAAAGACGAAUAUGGUGGCAAGGUACUGUCUGCCUUUUAUGGUACACGUCCCAAAGCAUACUGUAUCGAUGCUGUAGAUCAAGUGGCUAAACGAAACAAAAGUAUAUCUAAGGCGAGUGUGAAACAUCAAUUACAUUUGUUACAUUAUAAGGAUUUUGUUGAGGAGAAACGGACAUAUGUCUACUGUACAAUUUAUGUAUUUAAAUCGGAGUCGCACAAUAUAUAUACAAAUUAUAUAAGAAAAGUGACAUUGACCAGUAUGGAUGAUAAACGUUUCUUGAUACCAAACUCAACAAAGACAUUAGCUUGGGGUCAUCAAGAUAUCACCUUUCAUAACAUGUCGGACGGAGAGCGGUUGGACCUCUUGCUGCGCUUAAUGAACGAAGCCAGUGAGUUGACUAGUGAUCAGAUGAAAUGA